AUGGAGAACCAAACAUCUACAAUACACUUCUAUAUGGUAGCAUUUUCCAGCAAUGGGGACAAGAAACCUCUACUUUCAAUCUUCUUUUUCUUUUUAUAUAUAAGUGGUUUACUAUGGAAUUUAGUGAUAAUUAUUGUAGUAUAUAUGGAUAACCACCUGCAUACUCCCAUGUACCUGUUUCUAGGCAACUUAUCACUUGUAGACAUCUGUUCCACCACAAUCACUCUCCCUAAACUUAUAGACAUUCUACUAACUGGAAAGAAUAUGCUGUCCUUUGAACAUUGCUUUACUCAGAUGUAUUUUUUCACAUUUCUGGCUGUCACAGAAACUAUUCUAUUGUCCUUCAUGGCAUAUGAUCGAUAUGUGGCAAUUUGUAACCCUUUACGCUAUCAUGUUAUAAUGAAUAAGGAAACAUGUGUCUUGAUUUUGAGUGACACCUGGAUAUCCGCAUGUGUGAAUUCAAUUUUUCUCACCAGUUUUGUUUCUUCAUUAGAUUUUUGUCAGACUCAUAACAUUUAUCAUUACUACUGUGAGAUUAAAGCUCUGGCUAACAUUGUCUGUGCUGGCACAAAAUUUAACAUUGUAUUUUUUGUAGAGACAUUGUUAGUUGGACUGUUUCCAUUCUUGCUUAGUUUAACAUCUUAUGUCAAAAUCAUUUCCAGUAUUUUGCGUAUAAAGUCCAUUUUUAGUAGAAAGAAAGCCUUUUCUACCUGCACCUCUCAUCUUACUGUAAUAAUGAUUUUCUAUGGCACUAUUUUGUGUGUUUAUUUAAGGCCACCCUCUGAAAACGCAGAGGUAUUAGAUCAGGUGUUCUCUGUGCUGUACGCGGCAGUUACACCCAUGUUAAACCCUCUAAUAUAUAGUCUUAGAAACAGAAAUGUAAAGACUGCUCUGAUGAGGAUUCUACAAGGAAAAAACAGAGAAACCACUUCUGUAAAAUAG